AUGGAGAAGCCUUCUCCUUCUCCUCCUCCUCCUCAUCCUCAUCCUCCAGCCACUGCCACCAAUGUCGACGACAACUACGUCGUCCGCCUGUCACUGACGCUGGGCCCCAGCUCGCCGCCACGCUCCUCUUCUGGCAGUAAUGCAAGCUGCGGCAGCGUCUUCGUCGGCGCGAGGCUCUUCCCGUGCCCCUUCUGCAGCAAGAAGUUCGUCACGUCGAUGGCGCUCGGGGGCCACCAGAACGCGCACCGGAAGGAGAGGAGGAGCGCGGGGCGGAACAAUGGUGGUGCCCAUCUCUACGACCUCCAGGAGGCCACGGUGACCUCCAUUGACACGGGCUUGCGGCUGCGGCCAGAUGGACACCCUCGUCGAGCUCACCACAUGGACGACGACGACGCGGCUGUAGCAUUUGGAGACAGCAGCCAUGGCGGCGAGAAGCAAAUGAGGCAGGUUGAUCUCGAUUUGAAGCUCUAG